AUGACCGACUCGCCACCGCGUUUCUUGCGUAUGGACGCAAAGGUGAGCGCAAAAUCUGGAAAAAAAAUAUGUCUAAAAUUAAUUUUGUUUCAGACACUUUUCAUAACUCUUUGCAUCUCUAAUAUUAUUGGUGAUGUUUUCGAAAUAUUCAAUGGUCGACAUUUUCAAUUGUUGGUGUGGACUUCGUGUAUUUUGGAAGUUAUGACAUUGAUUGGUGUUCUGACAAACAAUGUUACAUGUCUCAAGAGAACUGUAUUCUUCGCGGUGAGAUGGACAUUUCGAAAACACAUACCUAACUUCAAAUUUACAGCUCAUCAACAUCAUCUUCUAUGGCGUUCUAAUCUUCAUCGUUCCAAUUUCAAUGGCUGCGAUUUUUGCAAGCGGAUAUAAUCAAGCACCGGUUCAAAUCUGGACCGCAGAAGGAUUUUAUCGAACAACUCCACAAGAAGAAAUCGAUGCUCGUUUGGCUCUUGGAUUGCUCUAUGGAUUUGCUGCUGAACUUGGAAUGGCUUUCUUGUUGCUUGUCUCGUAUGCCAAAUAUAUUUUGGUGAAACGUAUUUAUGUUUAUGCCAAGGAUACAAAUGCUCCAACUCCAGUUUAUACCAGUGUUUGA